CCGUCUAUCCGCAGGUUUUUCUGGAAGUUUCUGGACUGAGGUCCGGAGCCGGGGCGCACGGAGCGCACGGAGCACCGGGAGGCUGAGGACAUGUUCGGCUGCCUGGUGGCAGGGAGGCUGGUGCAGACAGAUGCUCAGCAGAUAGCAGAGGAUAAGUUUGUCUUUAACCUGCCUGACUAUGACAGCAUCAACCAUGUGGUGGUGUUCAUGCUGGGAACGAUCCCCUUCCCGGAGAGAAUGGGGGGUUCUGUGUACAUCUCCUACCCCGAUCACAGCGGCAUGCCUGUCUGGCAGCUCCUCGGAUUCAUCACAAAUGAAAAACCCAGCGCCAUAUUCAAAAUCUCCGGACUGAAAUCUGGAGAAGGGACGCAGCACCCAUUUGGAGCGAUGAGUUUACCGCAGACUCCUUCGGUAGCGCAGAUUGGCAUCUCCGUGGAGCUGUUGGAGCAGCUGGCACAACAGACUCCAGUAGCCAACGCUGCCGUGUCCACCGUAGACUCCUUCACCCAGUUCACCCAGAAAAUGCUGGACAACUUCUAUAACUUUGCGUCCUCGUUUGCCGUGACUCAGGCACAGAUGACCCCGAACCCGACUGAAGCCUUCAUCCCGGCAAACGUUGUUCUGAAGUGGUACGAGAACUUCCAGAGGCGCCUUGCACAGAACCCGUUCUUCUGGAAGACGUAAACAGGAGGCGUCCACAACCGGCAUUCUGAGUGACAUUGUGUGCCUCUCCUUAACACUUUAUUUGCUGGACGAACCCUUCUUCGUUUCCCCCAGCAGAGUGUUUUGAAAACCCUUGGGCACGGCCCGGUACCUGCUUUUUUCGGCAGAUAUCGGAUAACGACGAUGAGGAUAUAUACAUAUAUAUGUCCGGGGUUUGGGCUCUGGCAGCUGCUUUAUGGGGCUAUGAAAGGGUUAAUACCACAGUGGGCAGCCCCCAGCUCCUCGUACGUGCGUCUUAUUCAAUAAUUCUGUUACUAAACCUGUUUUAAGGUUCUUUGUGAUAGGGUUGUGCUUCGUUUCUCCAUUUAUCAUGAAAAUCCUUCUUCUUAUUAUUUUUUUUAAAUCUAUACAUUAUUAUUUUUUAUUUUUAUUUUUGCUAAGACUCAUGGACAUUUGUGGCCAAUCCAGCAAGCACCGUCUAAAGGAGGCCUUAUUGCUCUCCAUUGGCCUACAUCAAAGCAGGCCUGGUUACCCACAGCAGCCAAUCACAAUGCAGCUUUAAUUUUCCCCCAGGGGUUUGAGAAAUGAAAGCCGAGCUCUGAUUGGUUGCUAUUGGCAACCAGGCCUGUUGUUUCAGGCUGUUUUGAUGAGGCCCAGUAAAGAUUUACUAAGCAAAAUGUGGCAGAACAACGUCACAGACAUGAAGGAGAGGGCCUGCUCCAAAUUUAUUGUACAUUUUACACACUUUUUGGGCCUACCCAGUAGGCUAGAGAAAAGGGUGUUGCUAAUUAGUUGUCAAGGGCCAAAUCUGUUAAAGCUUGCUGCCAUCGGCCUACAUGUACAUAGCGUAGGAAAGAGAAACGGGUCUGAGGUGUCUAGUGGGUUGCGCCAAAUGUCUAAGCCCUCAGCCAUUUUGAGAAAUUAAGACCCAUUUUUUACCACUUCGUAAAUAAUUGCCCCAUUUCAUGACACUGGUCUACAUAAUUUUUUUUCCCCUUUCUAUCCUUUUUUUUUGUAAAAUUACGAUUGCUGCUUUGUUGUGACGUCUCAAUAAGGAAUAAUAUUUAAAGGGUUAUUCCCAUCUAGGAUAUUGGGGGUAUAUUGCUAGGAUAUGCCCCCAAUGUCUGAUAGGUGUGGGUCCCGCACCUAUCCUUAGAUCUGAGCCCGCAAAGUGACGGCGCAUGCGCAUCUGCCCUCCAUUCAUUUCUGUGGGGGUGCUGAAAAUAGCUGAGCACAUCGCAUUUUUGGGAAGCAUACCUCGCAAGAGCGGCCACGGCUCCAUUUACUUCUAUGGGGCUGAUGCAAGCAGCGGAGCCAAAGCUCCCAUAGAGAUGAAUGGAGGGCGGCUGUGUGGUGCGCUUCCCAUUUGAGGGCUCCUUUCUAAAGGAUAGGGUCACAGAGACCUGUACCUAUCAGACAUUGAGGGCAUAUCCUAGCGAUACGCCCCCCAGUGUCCACGAUGGGAAUACCCCUUUAACAGAAUUUUUUUGCUUGCAGUGAUAGGGACGUGGCUGCGUUUUUCCCCAAACCCUCCCAUUCGCGUUGUGCUAUGCUACUGGUAUCUGUAAGACGUUUAGUUAAUGCCAAAAAUUAUGGCAGCUGGAUGUAGUCGUAUCUUAUGCUCUGCUCUCGGCAAAUGAGGCCAAACCCACGGCACCAUGGCGGGGACUUGGACUGCUCUGAUCACGAGGCGUCUGCCACGUAAAUGGCAUGCUCACAUAGAGGACACGCCCUAUAGGUUGUGAAACUAUACAGUUUGAGCUUUGCUCUCAUUUUAUGCUUUAAAUAAACUUUUGUGCCAUAAAGUGAA